CACAACCCAUCACAAGCUCACAAUCCCACAGCAGCAGAACCACACACACUCACACACACACACACACAAGAAUCAACCGACCGGCGAUGGCUUCAUCGAGCAGGAUGCUGGUUGUUGUGGUGGUGGCCGCCCUAGUGGCCGUUGCGUGGAGCGCACCGCCGCCGGUGAGCAUCACGGUGGAGAAGGGGUCCGACGCGAAGCAUCUGGUGCUGCAGAUCAAGUACGACAAGGUCGGCGACAGCAUGAAGGAGGUGGAGCUGAAGCAGAACGAGGACUGGCUGCCCCUGAAGAAGGGCUACAGCGGCGCGUGGGAGAUCAAGAGCGACACGCCCCUCAAGGGCCCCUUCAGCUUCCGCUACGAGACCCAGAAGGGCCAGCGCAACGUCUUCGAUGACAUCGUCCCCACAGAUUUCAAGUGCGGCACCACCUACAAGCCAGAGGCGUACUGAGGGAGUACUAGGAGAAGCAACGGGCGGCGGUCGGAUGUAUUUGCUCUCCAGUGCACGUGUUGUCUCGAUUGACGACUUGUUUUCUUCUAUGUAUCGAAUAUGUGGAAUAUUAUUUGUAAUAUACUUGAAACCUAGAUUUCAUUUC